GAGGACCAAGGGGCGCUGGCGAUCCAGGACAUCGCGGCGAGCGAGGGCGCGCUGGUGGUGGCGUCGCAGGCGCUACUACCCCAUGGACCUCCCACUACCUACGGGCCUCAACGAAGGGAGGAUGGCCGUUCGAAGAAGGACGGAAAGGGACAUGGGACCACGAGACAAGUGGAAGUCAACCCCUUUUGGAGCCAGACGGUCAAGGACGAAGCCAUGCUACGUGCCAUGCGGCCUGCAGGGCUCCCGGAGGCAUCUACAUCAACGACGAGACCUACGGCAUCCGGUGGCGAAGAGAUGGGGGUGGACAUCCAAGAGGUCCUGAGGGCAGUCAUGUCUCAGAAUUCGAUGCUCAAGAGGGAGUUGGCGGAGUUGAAGAAAAAGGUUGAUGACUCCACCAAGGAGAAGGACCGGGAUUUCAAGGAGGUAAUGAACGAAGAGGAGAACCUGGACGUGGAGCUCCACCUGUACCGGAAUCUUGGUUGGGAGCACUUCAUGCUGGACACCCAGGAGGGCAGGGGCAGAGCCGUGAAGGGAAAGAAGUGGCAGUUGGGCACUGGUGCCACGGAUGGAGGCUGGGGUGGUCGGUUGAGCUGCCGCCACUCCAGGAUCUACGAGAAGGAGAGUUGGGAUCACUGGUGGUGGGAAGAGGUGAUGCGAGGGGCUAUGAUGGCCUAUCGUGAAUGGCUUCGAGCAGAGCCGGUUCAGAGGCUUCACAUCAAGGCGGAAAUGCCUCGGGAGUGCAACACCGUGUGGAGCAGGUUGGAGCAAAGAGGACAGUUGAUGCUGCUGAACGCAGUGCCAGCGUCAAUCCGAUCAGAGAUGCUGGCAAACAGGGCUUCCAACUCGGUGGACGUUCUCUAUGCCUUGUUUCGGAGGUACCAGCCAGGAGGGCUGGCGGAGAGAUCUCGACUUCUCCGACAGCUGGUCGAGCCCAAGACACCGCAGACGAUGAACGAGGUGGUGGAGAUGCUUCGCGGCUGGAGGAGGAGCUUGAGGAGAGCGCAAGAGCUGGAGAUUGCCACUCCGGACGCGACCCUGUUGCUUGGGGCGUUGGACAAGAUGUCGGAGCUGGCGGAAUCACUGGCCAUCAGCGAUGUUCAACCACCCCCAGAGGUCAAGCCGUCGAACCAUGUCACCAAGGUCAAGGCGAUGACCACAGUGGCGGAGGAGAAGGCGGAGAACGGGGUCGUGAAGGCCAGAGCUGAGGGACGGGGUGAGGAGAAGCCGUGUCGGUUCUGGGGCACCGAGGAAGGGUGCCGGAAGGGACAAGACUGCCGCUUCAAGCAUGAUUGGGGCGGGCUGGAAAAGAAGGGGAGGUGCUUCGGAUGCUCGGGAACUGGUCACUCGAAGAAGGACUGCCCGACCGUGAAGCCAAAGGUGAAGGAGUCACCAGAGAAGCAGGCUGUGAAAGCCGUCAAGGAGAAGGUCACGACCAUCCAGGCGAAGGGGGACAUGAGUGAUGGUGGGCCCAAGACUGGGGGGAGUGAGCCGAUGGAGAACGGCCAGUCCAGUGAAGGCGACAAGGGAGCGGGAACUUCCGGGGAGAUGAAGGAACUGUUGAAUGAAGCCACCACGUUAUUGAAGAGUUUGAGGCCAAGUUCAUCGAUGAAGGCCAUCCGAUUGAGCAGCUUAGAGGCUUCUCCCGUGGACGAGAACCUUGCUGACCAAGGAGGAUGCCCUACGAUCGACGAGGCGCUGAGUAUGGUCCGGGAGAGAGCCCGGUUGGCCCAUCUGGCUGGUGAGGACAUCGGCUUGGAAGUGGACUUCGAGAAGGCGAGGCUGCUGCCGAAGAAAGGGUGGACGGGCGAAGGGCUUCCCUGGAAUCGGCAUGAGAGAAGGCGGGUUCGAAAGGCCAAGGAGGUCAUCAUCCACCUCUUCAGCGGAGACUCUCGAAAGUUCUGGCAGAAGGAGCUUGAGGCUGAGAACAGGGUGGUCCUGUGCAUCGACACGGUGAUUGACCAGGGACUCAACCUUGUGAGGGAUGACAUCUACUCCUUCCUGCUCGACCUGGCUGACAGCAGCACAGUGUGCCCGAAGCCAACGUUGUCAGUUCUGGAGCAGCCGGAGGACCCGGAAGAAUAUGUUGAGACGGAUGAGGCAAGGGGCCAGACGUACCCUUCGUACUGGAGCUGGCCUGAAUGGAAGGCAUUCAGAGAUCCAUGGGGAAUGACGGAGGUGAGCUUCGAUCAGGGGCCCAUGGGUCAUGCCCGGCGGAAACCGACGAGGCUGGGCACCAACAUUGCCAAGUUGACCGAGCUUCAGGACAUCAGAGGCCCAGGAGUUGGUGGGAACACGGCACUGGCAGAGGACCUCACGGAGAGGAUCAAGCAGAGCAAGGAUUGGUCUACGUGGGCGCCUGGCUUGAAGAUGGCCCUAGUGACCGCCAUUCGGGAGACGCUGAAGUCCUCCGAGUUCCAG